AUGAAAUACAAAGUAGGAACUGAUUUGAUCAAUGCAAGGAGAUUAAAUGCUCCUCAAAGAAAAUAUCUUGAUGAAUUAUCAGUUAAGCCAAAGCUAAGUGGAUAAUACUAUGGAUCUAUUACAUUUUAAGAGGAAAAUGGUGAAUAUAUUUGAUAUACUGUUGUAUUAGAUACUGAUCCUCCCAUUUCUGAAAGAAAGUAAAAAUUUCAACUCAAGUGAGAAAACCAGAUAUUUUUGAAAUAGAGCUCAGCAAUCCUAUGCCAUUUGAACAGGCAACCUUUGAGGGGAGAAUUGAAGGUGACAACUUACAUGGCAGCAAGACUUCACUAUUUUAGCUUAAAUGUGUUCGAUAUAUGAGCUCUAUUAUUUACCACUUUUGCCAGAAAAGAAAAAAAGAGUUAUUGGUGUUAUUCAUGCAAAAUUGGGGGAGAUGUGGUAUAAUUCGAGUUUAAUAUCCGAAAAGACAGAAUAUCAAAAUCCCUCUUCUUAAGACGAUUUAGGGCAAAUUCGAAGAAUGUGAAAUUCAAUUAGAAAAUCCUAUCGAUAAAGAAGUUAAUGUGCAAAUUCAAAUUAGUAAUCCUGCUAAUUUUGAUGUGUUACCUGCUGAUAUAGUCUUGAAACCUUAUUGUGAUACAAGUCUGUACAUAAAAUUUACUCCAAACAGUCUUGACUAAAUUAAAAAUGCGGAAAUAAGAUUCAUCACAGAGAAAAUCGAAAAUUGGGAAUUUUUGGUUUAUGGAGUUGGAAUACCUCCAAAUGCAUUCCCAGAAUUUUUAAGGAUUUUUUAGAUGAAAUCCAUUUAAAGAAUCCAUUCAGAGAUACAAUCUAUGUGCAAAUUAUGA